AUGUUGUGGCUUCAAAGAACGAUCGCGGUCCUGUCUUUGGCAGUGGUUCCAUCCUUGUCACUGCAAUUACGCACUCACGAUGCUUCAUUCACUCCCGACUUUGUGUUGAGCGUAACAUCCCAGAAUAUUAGUGUCGGUGGCAUGUAUAAGGAAGCAACCUUGGUGAACAACUCGUUGCCGGGCCCGACGUUGCGAAUCCCUGAGCAAAAGACUAUUUGGAUUCGUGUGUACAACAACAUAAAAGAUGAUAAUGUCACAAUGCACUGGCAUGGUCUUGCCCAGGCCGCAUUCCCCUUCUCAGAUGGCUCCCCUUUGGCUAGCCAGUGGCCCAUCCCACCAGGCCAUUUCUUCGACUACGAACUCAAGACCGCAAAAGGCACAGCAGGGACAUAUUACUAUCACUCUCAUGUCGGAUUCCAAGCCAGCACGGCCAGCGGCGCCCUUAUUGUUGAAGACUGCGGUCCAGCUCCCUACCAAACAGAUGGUGAGCGCAUCAUCUUCCUACAAGAGUACUGGAAUCAAUCAGACAAGGAAGCUCAAAAACACCUCGAAUCAACGCCAAUGCAGUGGCCCGGCGAACCGAACGGCUGGCUCAUAAAUGGCAAAUCCAUCUCAAACUAUAAAGCCGUCGAUUCCUCCACCAAGGCCCUGAGCGUCAUUCGCGUCGAACCCGGCAAGACAUUCAUGUUCCGAUUUGUGGCAGCCACGUCUCUCAGUCUAUCACUCUUCGGAUUCGACAAGCACCUGAAGAACCUGGAAAUCAUCGAAGCAGACGGGGCAUACACCAAAAAACAAGCAGUUGAACUAAUGCAAAUCGGCUCCGGACAACGAUACAGUGCACUAUUCCACGCAAAGUCGUGCUCUGAACUGAAGCAAGACGACCAACUAGACUACUACAUCCAACUGGAAUCGCGAGAACGCAAUACCGUCGUAACAAACUACGCAGUCCUACGAUACAAAAAUACCUGCAACAUGGUGGAAAAGAGACUCCCCACGAAUGCAAACCCAAAGCACAAGCCGAUGCAACUUCCACCCACUAUAGACGGAUAUCUCGACUACGACCUACAUCCCCUACAGCCGAACAACUUUCCAACCGCAGCAGAAGUAACACGCCGCGUCAUGAUCAGCCUUCAAAACCACGCAGACCCAUACUUCAUCUGGACAAUGAACAACCACACCUGGUCUGAAGAUCCGACAGAUACCCUCCCAGCAACCACCCCCCAUUCCCCAUACCUGGUAAACCUGUAUCAAAACCAGUCCGCCCACCUCCCAGACUACGACGCCGCCCUCGCCAACGGCGGCAUCGACCCCAUGACGAAAACGUAUCCCGCUAAAAUCGGGGAAGUCCUAGAGAUUGUAUUCCAGCAGUACGGGGCCCACUCCAACGGAUCAUCCAAGGGAAUGCUGGACACGCACCCUAUGCAUGGGCACGGCGCGCACCACUACGACAUUGGCGGCGGCAAGGGGGCUUGGGAUCCGGCUGUCGUGGAGAAGAAGUUGAAGGGGACGCAGCCCGUGCUGCGGGACACGACCAUGCUGUAUAGGUAUAAUAAGACGACGGGGCAGGACGAGAAGAUGGGCUGGCGGGUAUGGAGAAUCAGGGUCGACCAGCCGGGUGUGUGGAUGAUACAUUGCCAUACGUUGCAGCAUAUGGUUCUGGGGAUGCAGACGGUCUGGGUGCAUGGUGAUGCGAACGAUAUUUUGAAAGUCGGCAAGCCUGAUGUUGUUGGGUAUUUGACCUAUGGAGGGGAUGUGUAUGGCAAUGAUACGCAUGCUCCUCAGGUGGUGCAUUUCGAAGAAGUUGAAUAA